GAGACUGAGUUAGUGCGAAGAAAGAGGGAGGGAGGGAGAGAAAAAACACAGACCGACUCGCAUCUGUGGCCGGAGUACGGUGUGCUGUGACUUUUCCUCGCCAUCGAAAUAAGAAGGCAAGAAAACGCCCUGCGAGCUGUGUGGCCGACCUGCCCCACCUGUGAAAUUGAAAUUCAGGCCUACAUUAGCUGUCGUUAACAGCUGGGCUGCUACUGUCAGACUGAGUUGGAGGACAAUCAACUCCAACUGCUGCUGCCGCUGCUGAAGGAGAGGCGGCGUGUGAGCGGUGGAUCCCGUCGAGUGGAGGGCGCUGAAGAGAGGAGAACAGAGGAGAAGAGAGGAGCGGAGUGGCAGACUCUACCAUGCCAGUGCAGGGAGAAAGGCUGAAGUGGUGUCUCUCUCUCUGUCCCUGGAGCUGGAGUCCUCUGCUGUUGCUCGGACUGUUCUCUCUGCACGCACGAGCACACGGCAACAUACUGGACAGUAUGCUGCUAAGAGCAUCCAGUAAGGAGACUGGAGAGAGCGGGAAGGAGAGUUUUGGCAGCACAGUUCCUGCUUCGUCCUCUCAAAGACUCCUGUGGUGUCACUGUUAUCCCUACUGCCCUGAUAAUUUUUCCACCAAUAACAGUAACAAUAACACAUGCAGGACCGAUGGAUACUGUUUUACCAUGGUGGAGGAGGAAAGAGGGACACCGGUCCAGACUGCGGGUUGCCUGGCGCUGGCCGGAGCAGAGUUUCAGUGUAGGGACACGGGGAACUCGCGUCAAAGAAGGUCAAUAGAGUGCUGUAAAGGCGAAGAUUACUGCAACAGGAACCUGCAUCCCACGCUGCCACCGCCCAAACCACCGCUCUACGUAGACGGGAAGAUCCACCACAUGGCUUUGUUGAUUUCGGUCGCUGUGUGCAGCCUUAUUUUGGCUGGCAUUAUUUUAUUCUGCUACUUCAGGUAUAAACGACAAGAGUCCCGUCCACGGUAUACCAUCGGUUUAGAGCAGGAUGAGACCUAUAUUCCACCUGGAGAAUCUCUGAAGGACCUAAUAGAGCAAUCACAAAGCUCUGGCUCAGGCUCAGGGCUCCCUCUAUUGGUCCAGAGAACGAUCGCCAAGCAGAUUCAGAUGGUGAAGCAGAUAGGCAAGGGCAGGUACGGGGAGGUGUGGAUGGGCAGGUGGAGGGGAGAAAAGGUGGCUGUCAAAGUUUUCUUCACCACUGAGGAGGCCAGUUGGUUCAGAGAGACUGAAAUCUACCAGACCGUCCUGAUGAGACACGAGAACAUACUGGGUUUCAUAGCAGCAGAUAUUAAAGGAACCGGCUCUUGGACCCAACUCUACCUAAUCACUGACUACCAUGAAAAUGGAUCUUUGUACGACUACCUCAAAUCAACCACUCUAGACAAUAAAGCCAUGCUGCGACUGGCCUACUCCUCUGCAUCAGGGCUCUGUCACCUCCACACAGAGAUCUUCGGCACCCAGGGCAAACCUGCCAUUGCUCACAGGGAUCUGAAGAGCAAGAACAUACUGGUUAAAAGAAAUGGAACCUGCUGCAUAGCGGACCUCGGGCUCGCUGUUAAGUUUAUCAGUGACACAAAUGAGGUAGACAUCCCUCCCAACACCAGAGUUGGAACAAAGCGUUACAUGCCUCCAGAGGUUCUGGACGAGACUCUGAACAGGAGUCACUUUCAGUCGUACAUCAUGGCCGACAUGUACAGCUUCGGCCUCAUCCUGUGGGAGAUCGCUCGACGUUGCGUCUCGGGAGGAAUCCUUGAGGAGUAUCAGUUACCGUACCAUGAGUUAGUUCCUACGGACCCUUCGUACGAAGACAUGAGGGAGGUGGUCUGCAUUAAGAAACUGCGACCGUCCUUUCCUAAUCGAUGGACCAGCGAUGAGUGUUUGAGGCAGAUGGGGAAGCUGAUGACAGAAUGCUGGGCCCACAGCCCAGCCUCCCGCCUCACAACCCUACGGGUCAAAAAGACACUUGCCAAAAUGUCUGAAUCACAGGACAUCAAGCUGUGAGAGGGCAGCGCCAGGUGUGGGUUUUCACGCGUAGAAAGGGCACUAACAAAUCACACUGGCUCUGGCUCAGACGUUUCUUUCUUUCUUUCUUUCUUUUUUUUUGUUUUUUCUGGCAAAAGGAGGAGGGACAGGAAGAAAGAAGAACACUUAGGAGAUCACAUGAUCGCAGUCUUUGAGUCCAAACGCCCAGAACUCUGCAACACAAGUUCCCUUAAAACAAUCAGGUCUUACGUGGCCCUGCUGUGUUCACCGUAAGAAGGUGAGGCAGUUUUAUUUCAGACUAGUGUGAAGACUUUAAACACAUAGGUUCCUGUUCACGUGCUCCAAAGGCCUUGAAGCAAGAGACUGAGUUUGACGUGGCACUGUAGCGGCAGUGAUAUGCAAACAGGCUACUGACCAUUGAGUGGAAUACUAUAUCACUGCUUUCUGUGAAAGCUCUCUACCUGUAGAUGAAGGUCUGAUUCAUAGAACUGAAGGGGUGUGCCUCAAGGCAAUCUGCCAUUGCAGCAUAACACUUCCUUUCUAAACACGAUCACCCCACUACUGGCUUUAUGCUAUAAUUGGACUGAACACAUUUGUUUUUUUUGUUUCGUUUUUUGUCGCUCUUAAACCGAUUGUCUUUGGUUACAAGAACUGACACUGUGUGACAGAAGAAAAAAAAAAAAAGCAUUUUGAGGCUUUAAGAUGUUUGUUUAUGGUGAUAUUGUUUGUAGACACUGAAGAAUAAGUAUAUGUGUAUUUUUGAGUUGUGACGGGCUAAUGGAAGUUGGUCAAGUGCAUUUUCAAUGUAAGACUCAAACUCUUUAAGGCUAUAUGUGAAAAAUAAAGUUUAUAUGUCCAAAUAAAUCCUCAACUGAGGCUCUGAACAGGCCUCCGUGUGUCCUUGCCCUCCGACGGAAGACGAAACCUGCCUGAGAAGAGGAGGCCUGGCAGUAGUGGGACGAUUGGAGCAGGACAGUGCCCUCUAAAGAGGGUACACGGCGACUGCAGGACUGCCUUACACUUGCUGUGUUGGUGACUUCUUGUUGGCGAUGUAGUGGUGUAUCAUAAAUGUGUGGAAUUGCGCUAGUUUAGGGAUAUCACAAGUUGUUCAUCAUGGGGGAUUGCUAUCAUUCAGGCAUUCUCAAUCACAUACUACCAUAGCAACGCUGAUGAUUUAAGCUCGGGGACCAGAAACACAGUUAAAUGUGGUCCAAGAAAACAACCACCUCAGCUGUCCCCAAACUAUCACACCAAGAGUGUUACGUAACAUUAUUAUUUGUUUUUCCACGGGUUUCCUCUUACAUUUGCAGCGGUCACAGUGAAACCAAGUCAUCUUUCGACUUAGAUCGUCCAAGUUUUUCUGUUAAUUUAAAUUCUCCCAGCAAGAAACUCUAGUUAGCCUCGCAAGCCUCAGCAUGAAAUGGUUAAGUAGAUCCACACAGCUUUCAUCCUCACAGUUAGCAGGCUGUUAGGUCUUCCACAGUGGCCUGCAGUCACAGAAGCGCCCGUUAACAUCGCCUUUAAGUUGGAUCUCCUUAGUAAAAAAACUUCAUAAACUCCCCUUCACAGGUUUCAUAUUUUGUCUGUCAACUAAAAUUAUGGAGCACUUGUCUCCGUCUGAGGAUUUUUUUUUUUUUUUUGGUGUGACAGAUUUGUUGUGCUUUAAAUGCCCUUUCUUUCCUUUUGGGUGUUGUGCCUUAUUUAAUCUGUACCUGCUGUAGUUGUCUGUGAGAGAAAGCGGUGUUUUUCUCGAGUCAGAGGUUGAACAUUCCCCCAAUAAAAGUGUUUCACUCA